CCGAGGGGACGGCGGGAGGCCGAGGGAGCCGGGCCGGCCCGGGGAGAGCCCAGCGCCCGGCUUGCUGGUCAUGGCUCGGCGGAGCCUCUGCCCCGGCACGCAGGACAUCUCCCACUUGCUGGCUAGCACCUUUGAGGACCUGUACACUAGAGAUGUCUUCGGGGUGGACAUGGAGACAAACUGGAUCAAGUCCCGAGGAGGAGACAAUGUUUAUCAUGAGAGUUUUACAGAGGAGCUACAGAAGCUUCUUGCUGAGUAUAAGUGCCGACUGACAGAAGCUGACAUAGUAGAAGAGAACAUCAUUCAGGCUCAGGAUCGAGCAAAAGCUGAAGAAGAAAGGGCCCUAAAUGUGCUGAAGGCAGAUGCGGGGAAAGAUUUCAACAAAAUGGGAUUGCCACCAGUGGCAUCCUCUUUUAGAUGGAUUGUGGAUAAUGAACUUCUCAGAAAAAAUCAUUUAACCUGCCCUGAUGACUACAUCACUGAUAAAUUACCUGUUACUAGAGCACCAAAAGGAAAAUCAGAACCUGGCUACAUCAAAGAGACAUUUAGUUUUAAACAGCAUGUUUCUUCAGGCUCGCGGGACCAGAUGCCUGCAGAGGUUGCACACCUACAGACAAUAUCUGGUAGUCUGUCACAUGUGUCUUUGUGCACAUUAACUCUGCCUUCAACUCCAGACUCUAGCCACCAGACUAAAAAGACAAGUAAGAAAACUAGUGCCUCACAGAAGCUAGCCUGGAAAGACAGUAAGUGCAAAGCAGAGGGAGAAAGUGAGUGUGCUUACCUUGCCAAACUUGAGAAAAAGCAGAAUUACUUGAAGAACCCCCGCUUCUUCCCACCAAAUGGUCUUCAUGGAGGCAAAUCUCUUGUCAUUUCUCAAGAAAAGGUGGCACAAACUAUAGCCAGAAGAAAAGCAGAAGAUAAUAAAGGUGACACCUCAUUCGUUCCUGUGUUUCUUGCCAAUCCACCUACUGUUUUAUUUUCUGAUUAUGAAGUUGGUCAGGUUUAUGAGAUGACUAUAGAGCUGCAGAACAUCACUUCAACAUGUCAUCACAUAAGACUUAUCCCCCCCUCUACUUCAGCAUUUGCCAUUGGGCCAGGAAAAUUUCCAGGAAAGGGAGGAAUGAUUGCUCCUGGGAUGACAUGCCAGUAUACGGUCCAAUUUAUUCCUGAAUAUCUAGGAGAUUAUGAAGAUUGUAUAUUAGUGGAGACCCAAGUAUCAGAACCUCUUCUGAUCCCGAUCCAGGCUAAAAGACCACCUCCAGUGUUAACAUUGCCUCGCAUUAUAGACUGUGGUUCCUGCCUUGUUGGAGGAAUAAAAGUAAUGAUGAUUUUGUGCAGAAAUGAGGGAAUUAGCACUGGGAAGUUCUGUAUAAUGCCAAAGAAAGCCUGGCCACCUCCUAAUUUCAGGUCUAUUGCCACUGUAGGUUUUGUGAUACAAGAUCCUUUUGGGAUCCAUCCUGCUGUUUUUGAGCUAGCUCCAGGGCAGAGCACAACAGUAGAGGUAGUGUUUUUCCCUUCUGUUCCAGAAGUCUCACAGCAAACAUACACCAUUGUUUGUGACAAUUGCCAAGUCAAUGAUGUUACAGUCACAGGCGUUGGACAGCUGAUAGCUCUGGAGCUUUUGUUUGUCACGGGUGGAGAAAGCAAACAUGAACCCGGUGAAGUUACUGAUGUAACAGCACAGCAUCUCAUACGAUUUGACCCCCAAAACCCACAUGCCACCGAGGAGAAGAAAUUGGUUAUAAGAAACUCUACCCAUGUAGAACUUCCUUUCUACUGGCAGAUAAUAAAGCCUAAUCUGAAACCAUCAAUACCAGAAGAAACUGCAGACUUUAUGAAGCUCAAAUACAAUCGAGACACAGAGUCAGCCUUCUCCCUAAAUCCUGAGCAGGGAGUUUUGCUUCCUGAUGCAGAUCAUGAGUUUAUUCUCACUUACACUCCACAGGAGCUGAAGAGUUAUCACAGUGUGAUUCAGAUGGUACUGAGGGACAUCCCAGAAUCACCUUGUUUGGUAAAAGAGGGGAUGCUUCAAAACAUCCCGGAAUACAAAGCAGAGGAUGUAAUAGCACUGGAAAUAGAAGUUAAAGGAUCAACAGAACCAUUUCAUCUUCUUCUGGAACCAUACGCCAUUAUCGUCCCUGGAGAAAACUUUAUUGGUGUAAAUGUCAGGAAAACAUUUAAGAUGUGGAAUAACAGCAAAUCAUUGAUCAAGUACACGUGGGAGAAAAUCAUGCCCUGUGACAUCAUGGAAGUUGAACCUCAUACGGGCAUCAUAGAUAUGAAUAAUUGCUGUGAAUUUGAACUGGCAAUUACUGGAAGCAAACCUGGGUGCAUCAGCCGUAACCUGCAAUGUAAAAUUGAACACUGUCUAGAGCCAGUUGUGCUGCAUGUUGAGGCUGCUUUUAAGGGUCCACUUCUUUGUAUUGAUGUUCCAUCACUCUGGUUAGGUUUGACUAAGCAGGGUGAGAGUGUGUUAAGAACCUUUGAGAUUAAAAAUCUGUGUCAGCUGCCAGCACAAUGGAGAAUGCAAGAAAGCCAGGUUUGUCUAGCUGAAAGGAAUGAAGAGGUAUCUCCCUUUACCAUUCAACCAUCUGCUGGAGAAAUACCUCCUUUGGGUAUAUGCAGUGUGUCAGUUCAGUUUACAUCAUUACUGUGCCAGCGUGUCCAGACAGUAUUAGAACUAGAGGUAGAAAAUGGAGAAGGAAGUCAUCUUCCUGUUUUUGUUGAAGUUCAGACCCCCCAAGUGUGCCUGAUAUCUAGUCAUCUAGUAUUCACUGAAAUUUAUACUGGAGUUCCUGCCAAAGCAACCAGCAAACUUUUUAACCAGACACUGCUGCCAGCAAAAUACUUAUGGGGCAAGCUCAUUGGAAGUCAGGCAGCUUUCUGCUCCACCACUGUCUUCCCAGCCCGUGGCACCUUAGGCCCAAAUGAGGAAAAAGAAUUCUGCAUAGAGCUGUCAGCUAACAUCAUGGGUGAGCUGAAAGACCUUACCCUUUCCUGUAGCAUAGAAGACAUGACUGAACCCCUCUUUCUGAGCAUUUCUGGAGAAGUGAAAGGACUGCAUGUCACCUACUCAGUACCUUGUGACAGUGGAGUUGCUAGUGACGAAAGACAAAUGUUACAAGGCCCGUGUAAUCUUCUUUUGGACUUUGGAUCUGAAGUUGCAUUCAAAGACAUAGUAAAGCGCCAACUAAUUCUUACCAAUCACACUGGAAUCAGUGCUCCAUUCAAACUAGAAGCUGAGUAUUUUACUGGCUAUUCACUUACUCCAGAACAAGGAAUCUGCCUCUCCUCAAGCUACCUGGUGAAAAGAAGAGGGCCCGUCACAAAACAUGCAGCCAGAAGAGCACGGUCAGAGUUUGCAGCAGCAGUGUUGUCUCAUGGGAAGGGAGUAGCUUUCCAUAUACAACCUUCCACAGGAACACUGAAAGCCUUCCAGCAGCUAAUCAUAGAAAUAACAGCUUACAACAACAUGUGGGGAGAGUAUCGGGAUGAUCUUUUCUGUAAGGUGGGAGACUUACAACCUAAAUUAAUUCCUAUGCAAAUGACUGUGAAAGGCUGUCCAAUCUUCCUACAGAUGACAGGACCACAAACAGAGCAACCCAUAAUAAGGUUUGGCACUCAUGUCUCUGGAGGGCCUCCUGUCUUUCGGAGGAUCCAGCUCAACAAUCCUACUCCCUUUGACAUCCGCCUGGACUGGGAAAUUUACAGCCAAGAGCAAGAUGAUAAAAAGCUGGUGGACCUGUUGAUGUUCUUUGGAGACCCUUUUCCUCCUGAGGACAUGGAUGAAAAUGAGACUGCAUCAAUUGGUAGCACCUCAGAGUCAGAGAUCGUGUUAAAGUUGGAUCAAACUGCCAUUCCCUGCGGAAGCAUUUAUCCAGCUUCGCAAACCACAGAUGAGUCUUCAGACUCCGACAACAAAGAGAAGGAAAUCAUCACUCAAGAACCUACAAUACAGAAAAUCGUCUCUGUACUUAUACGACCUCAUGAAGGGGUUCCUGCAGACAACCCCUACUCCAUUACCCCAAGACAGAUAGUGGUUCCAGGAGGUGGCAGCAUCUCCGUUUGCAUCUCCUUCACCCCACACGUCCUCCCAGAGAACGUGACUGAAGUGCAGCGUGAAGGGUUUGUGCUGGGUUUCAUGAGCCUAGACGACAAGCUUGCAAAGACAGUGCCUAACAAAGUGCAUCGCAGACAUGGCUAUGAAGCUCCACCGUUACGAGUAGACAUGCAAGCUUUUGUAAGGCAUGCUCUGUUAAAAGUAGACACGGAUCAUGACAGAGGAAUGGUGUUUUAUUCAAUGGCAAGUGAUCUCGUACCAGAGCAGCCUCUGUUAGGAGUUUUGACAGAUUCGGUAAUGACUCAGAGUUUGAAACUCAUCAAUUGCACUAAGGUUCCUCUGUACUUCAGGCUCCUUCUGUCUACGCCCUUCAGCCUGUCCAGCACAGAUCCCAAAAAGAGCACCAAAACAUCCCACAGCAAGAAGGAGGAAAAAGAACAGCAUCCGCAACUUGUACUUUAUCCACAGCAAAACAUGCUGGUGAAAGUGUCAUUCCACACAACUCUGGAGUUACUUACGUAUCAACAUUUGCCAGAUGCCCAGCUGCUUCCUGGAGUCCAAGUGCUCCAGUUUGAGAAUGGAGAGAGAAAGCUGAAGUUUAAUCAAAAUCUGGUCAUUGAACAUAGUAACCGCACUACCCAGCUGGUCCCAGUGACUGCAUACCUCACUGUUCCAGUUCUGGAGCUCUCUUGUGACACGGUUGAUUUCAAGACCUGCUUUGUUGCGCAGACCAAGACUGAACAUGUCUUCUUGUGUAACAGGAGUGGCUGUAGAAGUUACUGGGCUGCUUUGCUGGAUGAACAGGAAAGGCAUAAUGACCUGCAAGUCUUUUCUGUCUCCCCUACUAAUGGCGUUUUGGAGGCACGUGAAGGGGACCCACCUACCAAAGAGAUUCUGCAGAUCAGCUUUACUGCAAGGGGCGACAUUGAAUACGAAACUAUCUUGACCAUUACUGGAACACUGGGAGAGAAGCCUUGCAAGCUACAGCUCAGGGGACGAGGAACAUACGAUGGAAAGUACGAAGACCCGUAAUUUAAGCAAGACAAUGUCAGACAAAUGUCAAGGUAAUGGGGUUGGAUGCAGAUGUGCCAUCAGUUGAGCCUGUAUUUCCAUUUAUGUCAGUUUUUUUAACAUGGAUCAGAAUUUUAGCAGAAUAAAAUUUUAAAGUUAUGAGGAAAAAAGUUCAUGGUACUUUAAAGAAAGCAGCCAUAAUCUCAUUCUGUGGUAUUGCUUUUAUUGCUGUGAUAAGCUUACCGUUACCCACAGAACCAGGCUCUGCAAAAUAAUCGGUUUUAAAUUGCAAAGCAGCUAUGGUAACAGGCCAAAACCCUCUGCAUAUCACAGUAUGCCUCAAAUGACAAUUAAAGACUGUU